UCAUGUCGAAAAACGAUAGAGAUUUGUGGCAGCCGGUGAAUUUGGUGAUUAUUGUAAACGCAAGUUGUAAACAAGAAAGCAAAUUUUGCAAAUCAAAAAUACAUAAUUAAAAAUGUCACGCAAGGAGGCACUAUCACAGUUUAUAAAUCAAAUACAUGGACGGCCAGUGGUGGUUAAACUAAAUAGUGGUGUAGAUUAUCGUGGUGUUCUGGCGUGUCUGGAUGGUUACAUGAAUAUCGCACUCGAUCAAACCGAAGAGUAUGUCAAUGGUCAGCUGAAAAACAAAUACGGUGAUGCAUUCAUACGUGGUAACAAUGUGCUUUAUAUAUCCACCCAGAAACGGCGUAUAUGAGACUACAUUAAAGAACAACAACAUUUUUGCAAAAUGGCCUGUAAAUUUAGUUUUGCACUUUGAUAAAACUUAGUUUAACAUAAAUAAUUUAAUUAAUAUUAAAUAAC